AUGAAAAAAAUUGUGUGCUCCAAAACGUAUGACUUAUCGAGUAGAUGCUAUGUUUAUAUGUUUGGUAUUCGACCGCUGAGGAAAAGGCAUCGUGACUCGUUUUACAUACCGAUAACGUGCGACAAAAUUUCUUUUCGUGAGUUGGUGUUAACUAACGCAGUAUUUCUGACCACAAAAGGUGGGUUUACCCAAAACAGGUUUACAGAGAAAAAAUAUGAUGGGGACUUCAACAUAAAGCCACACAUGCUUGUUAAAUUUCACCUGGUCGCUCGCCUUGCUGCAGUUGUAUUGCGUGACGUGCCUGUCGAGAAAAUUCAGUCAGUUGAGUGUUUCAGAAAAGCACUCGACGAAGAUGGGAAAAGGCUGUUUGAACAGUUCGUUCGUUACUUCGAUCAAUAUUUGGACAUGAUUUCUCUUCCCUUCAUCCUGGGUUUCUAUGUUGCCACUGUCGCUGCCAGAUGGUGGCAGCAAUACAUGGCCUUACCUUGGCCAGACCGAUUAAUUUUGACGAUUGCCGCUUACGUGCAUGGAUAUGACGCUGAAUCUAAGAAGUUAAAGAAGACUCUGGUUCGCCAUUGUAAUCUAAUGGGUGUGCUGUUGGUAAGAUCGCUGUCAAGAACUAACAAUAAUUGUAAAAAAAUUCUGGAAGAGGCUGUCAAAUUAGGAUUUAUGACAAAAAGGGAAAAGAUAUACUACGAGUCGAUUGAAACCAAUGUGAAUUUGUAUUGGCUACCCGGAUUGUGGUUCGCUCAAAAUUUACAAGCAGCAUUUAUGCAAGGAUGCGUCAAAGAUACUUACGCUGUCAAUCAAAUUAUGGAGGAAUUGCUAGAUUAUCGCGGGAAAUGCGGUACUUUAUGGACUUAUUCUUGGAUCAGUAUUCCACUUAUUUAUACACAAGUUGUGACUUUGGCCGUGUACUCGUUUUUCUUCGCUUGCAUUAUGGGUCAUCAACGUAUUGUUGACCCAACAUCUCCUGAAAAUGGUAUCACGGCUGAUUUGUACUACGGAUUCUCUUUGGUUCUAAAAUUUUGUUUCUACAUGGGAUUACUCAAGUUAGCUGAACAAAUGAUAUGUCCAUACGGAGAUGGUGAUGAACAUUUUGACGUGGAUUUCUUGCUAAAUCGCCACGCUCAGGUUAUACAAUUAGGUACUGAUAUUUUAUCAGAUCAGUGCCCGUCAGCUUUCCCAGAGUUACUGGAUCAAAAAAUUGAAAGAAAUUUUGAGAGAAAACAAAGUGUCACACAGAAAGAUAAGAAAAACUGCAUUAACCAACCUUUUGAUUCACACAUGACGCUAAGCAAAUUAUUUUCUAGUCGAAUGAUCAGCGCAUUUAACAUUUUACACCGUCCCACUCGUGUGGCCCCAGAGAAGAAUCACGUUGAUGGCUCUUUUCCUUUUGAAAGCAAUGCGCUAGAAAUCUCUUAUGACACGAGAGCAAAAACUCAGAAAACCGACGAACGAUGGUUUGCUAAAUAUUGGAAGCGAUCAAGCGGUUCGUGCGAAGUAUCUUCAAGACGUACAAACAUAGACACCGGAAAUAACGAACAGUCUUUCGUACACCUGUCUUUAUUUGUGGUUUCACGUUGAACGCUAGCUGCAAUGUGGUAGAUACUGCUAUUUAUUUAUUUCUAUCUAUCUAGUAUCACGUAGCUCUAGGAAAAGUGUGCUCACGGAGUUUUGGUUUUAUUUACAUUUUAACGUUCGUACUAAUUUAUGUUACUAAAAUAAAUUGCACCCAGAGAGCAACCACCUUUAAUUUGCCAAGAGCCCAAAAUAAAAUUUCCAUUAAAAUUUUCA